GAUGAUCGUGACUCGUUGUGUGGUGGCCUAGUGUGGUUUAUUUUUAAGGAUGAUCGUGACUCGUUGUGUGGUGGCCUAGUGUGGUUUAUUUUUAAGGAUGAUCGUGACUCGUUGUGUGGUGGCCUAGUGUGGUUUAGUUGAAAAAUCUCGCCUGUGACUAAAAUAAAGGAGUUCAUGAGCAACAAAGGAAGUAUUUUUAGCUUACAUUUCGCGUGACGGAGAGCCGUACAUCAGUUUUGCAUGUACAGAAUUCGCGAAUUGAUUAUUUCAGUCUCCUGAAAACAUUAUGUUGGUCCUUUUGCACAAUAUCCGAGUCUCUUCUAAUCAAAAUGAAGCCAUGAUGGGCCGGCUUCGAGCUCGUUUAGCUGGUUACCUAUCGCGUAGGAGAGAGAAUUGAUUUAUUUAAAACCCGGGGUUAUUGAAUGACUCAUUUUCUCGGAAACAUUAUUCAUCACCUCAUUAUUCAUGAUUUAUUCAUGCCCAUGAACUUAACUUAAAACCGUGAAGUGUGCGAUAGAUCAUAUACGCCAGAUUUGAUCGUUAAUGAGGCGACUUCAAGUAAAUCACAGCUAAACUGACUGAUUUAAUUAAGUAUCAUUCAGUUAGAUCAAACGAAAUUCGAAGGCUUAAACUGACAUGUUUUGUUAGCUGAUGGAAGAUUAAACACGGCCGCAUUUCGUUCGCAUUGACCGUAUGUGUGAAUCUUAUUUAGCGCCUGUUCAGUACGAACUUGACUCUUAGUCCGAAACACUUUCUUUGAUUUCAUUCAUUUUUGCUUUAUUCUAUGAGUUUCAACUUUAUUGUAUUCGAAUGAUUUUCAUUUAAUUUCAUUUCAUUGCGGCAGUUGACGACAUUUCAUGUUAUGAUAUCCGGGUUUUCCAAGAAACUAGAAUUUAUCGUUACUAUUUAUCGUUACUAUUUAUCGUUCCCGUAGCUGAUAAAGGAGUUUGUAUCAAUUGGAAGUUUAGUAAGCAUCGAACUUUAAUUCAGUGCUAUUUGAUUUUUUUCCCUCAUUAUUUCAUAUUUUACGCCCAAACGCCAGGAUAAUGUUUGUUACGGCGAAGAUGUUAUUCUCUCUGUUUCUGAAACUCCAAGUGAUCAUGGACUUCCUUGGAGUUAUCCAGGCCAACGUUAUCACUGAAUGCAGAAAUGAAAACAACUGUAUUAAAAACUACAGCGAUGUUUACAACUCCUUAAGAUCAGAGGAAAAUUACUAUAAUAUCGCGCUUGCCCUUUACCCUUCAAGAGAACCUUCAUCUGUUGUUGUCCGUAUCAACCUGUACUCAACGAAUCAGUCUGACCCCCACACGGGAAGAGAUUCACCCGUGCAGUAUACAUGGUGUAUGUCAUGUCUGUACGCUGCCAUCCCUGCUAAUGUUCUUGAACUCCUAUCCCUUGGUGCCAUUCUUAUCUCAUCGCGUACAAAGGACCUGGACAUCACAAUUGCACCGUUCUGUUGUAAUGUGUCGAAGGAUAAGAGAAUUGUGAACAUCGACAGAGUUUUGUCUGAGCUUCAAGACCUGGCUGACAGUCCAAAAAUCGAAAAUCCAACACUUAACACGGUUGAGUGUGUUACAGAAGGUCAUACUCCGGAUAUAGCUAGCGUCACGGCAAAACGUAAAACGUACAUCAGAGCGAUGCUGUGGAGCUCAUUGAGUUUUGCUUUUUUCUUUGGGCCAUUAUUAGCUCUCGGUAGUUUCAUAUUUCGUUUCAUGGACGAAAACGAUGACACUCAGGCAAAGGGAAAUAGACUAGAGCUAGCACAAGCCGUUAGAUGUACAAUCUUUUUACUAGCAUUCGUGGAGUUUGGACUUAUUUUAACUGUCGUGGGAUUUGCCAUAGAUUCAGCGGCACCUUGUGAGAUAUAUAUUAUCCUUGGGGUGAUUUUCGUUGAAGCUUUGAUAAUAAUGCCUAUGGUAGCGAAAAAAAGGUGGUUUAAAGUCUUACCUGAAAAUAAGAAAUGUGAAAAAGUGGUUGUCUUUAUGUGGGGAAACCUCACUGCGUUUCAUUUUAGCUGGCUGGUUGUUGGAAUAAUGAUUAACACAUUAUGGGGUUUUACUGUCCUGCUUGUUAUUUCCGUAGUUAUUUCUGCCUUUGUGUUUGCAAUUUAUAUCUUUCUAUGUUCCACCAAGGCAGCUUGUGAGCAAACUGCCAGGAUAGCUGGCAGGAAAGCUGGCAGGAAAACUGCCAGGAAAGCUGCCAGGAAAGCUGCCGGGGCGGAUAAGUUAAGGUUCGGGUUCAUCUGUUUCAGUUCUUUACUUUCCGUCAUGUCGCUUGUAGUUGUCGUAAUUUUAUCAGGGCAGGCGUUUUUUGGCAGAGAGUCUGCAAAUGAGUUAAUGAAAACAGCUCUGCUGUACGUUACCACCGCUUUUAUUUCCUGGAUUGCCCGUAAGGUUAAGGAAGAAGGAGACAAGACUAAGAAAAGUGGGGCAGGAGGCGCUGAAAAGAAUGAUGAACGGCAGGACCUGGUUGAGCCAAACACAAAUGAGCUAACUGAGAUCAACUGAAAAAUCUAAGCGCUGUUAAAAUGAAUCACUUUUUAUUCAAUUGUGUAGCUUUGCUAACAGUUUUAUUGUACAUGUUUACAGUUGGACCCCGAUAAUUCGAACUCGGAUAAUUCGAAGUCCCCGCUAAUUCGAAGUAAAAUUCAUUUCCCUUGGUUUUGCCCCA